AUGGUCAACCCUCGAGCUCCCGGCAGUCUCUCCAGGAAGAUCCGCAUCACCGUCGUGGCCGCUGACGGUCUGGCCAAGCGUGAUGUCUUCCGUCUGCCCGACCCAUUUGCCAUCGUCACCGUAGACGGGGAGCAGACCCACUCCACCUCGGUCAUUAAAAAGACGCUCAACCCGUACUGGAACGAUAGCUUCGACGUCAAUGUCACCGACUCUUCCGUCAUCGCCGUCCAGAUCUUUGAUCAGAAGAAGUUCAAGAAGCGCGACCAAGGUUUCCUCGGCGUCAUCAACAUCCGUGUUGCAGAUGUACUCGACCUCGAGCUUGGCGGCAAGCGCUUGCUGAACAAAGAGCUCAAAAAGUCCAACGACAACCUCGUCGUCCACGGCAAGCUCAUCAUCGACCUCAACACCAACGUCUCGACGCCCAUCAAUAACAACUCGAGCGCCGGCCCCACCAGUCUCCUUGUUCCCGGCGCAUCCAAUGCCUCCUCAGCCUCCCUCGCCACUCCGUCUUCGUCCAGUGCCGCUCGUUCAGAUACCCGCCCGUCCACAUCCGGUAGCGCUGCUGCCACUCCCGCUGCCACUGGCGCUUCCACCGCAUCCGCGAACGGUGAUGCCUCCAGCAGACCCACCUCGACCAUUGAAACGCCAACCUCCUCGGCCAGUGCAGCUCCUCCUUCGACGGCAGCCACCUCCGCUUCUGCUGGUGCUUCCAAUGAAGCGAGGUCGUCCGCAGCUCCGGCAACUCCCGCGUCGCGCACCAACACCUCACAAGACACUCGUUCCGAUGAAUACGGUCCGCUCCCCGCUGGCUGGGAAAGGAGGACGGACCACCUCGGCCGUACCUACUACGUCGACCACAACACGCGAUCGACCACAUGGACCAGGCCUUCCACCAACCCGAGCGCCAACGUUGCCGCUGCUGCUAGCACGUCGGCUGCCGACCGUCAGAGACACAGCAACCGAGCUCUUGCCGACGAUUUUCUUGGCGUCAACGACGGAGACACUUCGCGCUCUUCUGUCGCCGGCUCGGCAAUUAACAGUCCUGGCGCCGCUGCUGCGUCGGCCAACCCCUUGCCGGCCAGCUCGAGCACCACCGCCGGCAAUGGCCCCCUUCCUGCGGGCUGGGAGCAACGUCACACGCCCGAGGGUCGUCCCUACUUUGUCGAUCACAACACACGCACCACCACAUGGGUGGAUCCGCGACGACAGCAGAUUCUCCGAAUCAUGGGUCCCAACGGCAGCAACUUGACUGUGCAGCCCCAGAGCGUCUCGCAACUCGGUCCUCUCCCCAGCGGCUGGGAGAUGCGUCUCACCUCCACCGCAAGGGUCUACUUUGUGGACCACAACACCAAGACCACCACCUGGGACGACCCGCGAUUGCCAUCCAGUCUCGACCAGAACGUGCCGCAGUACAAGCGUGACUUCCGUCGCAAGCUCAUCUACUUCCGAAGUCAGCCUGCCCUCCGUCCCAUUCCUGGUCAGUGCCACAUCAAGAUUCGCCGAACUCACAUCUUCGAGGACUCGUACGCCGAGAUCAUGCGCCAGCAGCCCAACGAUCUUAAGAAGCGUCUCAUGAUCAAGUUCGACGGCGAAGAUGGCCUUGACUACGGUGGUCUGUCUCGAGAGUUCUUCUUCCUGCUCUCUCACGAGAUGUUCAAUCCCUUCUACUGUCUGUUCGAGUACAGUGCGCAUGACAACUACACUCUGCAGAUCAACCCGCACUCGGGCAUCAACCCGGAACACUUGAACUACUUCAAGUUCAUUGGACGUGUGCUCGGUCUCGCCAUCUUCCACCGACGAUUUCUCGACGCCUACUUUAUCGUGUCGUUCUACAAGAUGAUCCUCAAGAAGAAGAUCACGCUCAGCGAUCUCGAGUCGGUGGAUGCAGACUACCACCGCUCGCUUCAGUGGAUGCUGGACAACAGCAUCGAGGGAAUCGUGGAAGAGACCUUCACCGCCGUCGAGGACAAGUUCGGCGAGAUGGUCACCGUCGAGCUCAAGAAGGGUGGAGAGGAGGUCGACGUGACGGACGAGAACAAGAAGGAGUACGUCGACCUCAUGACCGAAUGGCGAAUCUCGAAGCGUGUCGAGGAACAGUUCAAGGCGUUCAUCUCUGGCUUCACCGAGCUAAUUCCACAGGAUCUGAUCAACGUGUUCGACGAGCGCGAACUCGAGUUGCUCAUCGGCGGUAUGUCGGAGAUCGACGUCGACGACUGGAAGAAGUUCACCGACUACCGUGGCUUUACCGAGCAGGACCAGGUGGUGCAGUGGUUCUGGCAGUGCGUUCGUGCUUGGCCAACGGAGAAGAAGUCGCGCCUGUUGCAGUUUGCCACAGGAACAUCGAGGAUCCCCGUCAACGGAUUCAAAGAUCUUCAGGGCUCCGAUGGACCGCGACGAUUCACGAUCGAAAAGUCGGGAGACGUCAACCAGCUUCCCAAGUCGCAUACGUGCUUCAACCGCAUCGACCUUCCGCCGUAUCCCUCGUUCGAGACGCUCGAGAGCAAAUUAGCUCUGGCCAUCGAGGAAGGCAUGGGCUUUGGUAACGAGUAG